GGUGUCAGUUUCAGUCCGGAACCAACAGCAGCCGCGCCUACGUGGCCACCGGAAGUGGGGCUGGCGCAGGGCCGCCAUGUUGCAGCAGGACAGUAAUGAUGACACUGAAGAUGUUUCACUGUUUGAUGCUGAAGAAGAGAUAACUAAUAGACCAAAAAAAUCCAAAAUCAGACAUCCAGUGGCAUCAUUUUUCCAUUUAUUCUUUCGAGUCAGUGCAAUCAUAGUCUAUCUUCUGUGUGAAUUGCUCAGCAGCAGCUUUAUUGCCUGUAUGGUGACGAUUAUCUUGUUAUUGUCAUGUGACUUUUGGGCAGUGAAGAACGUCACAGGUAGACUAAUGGUUGGUCUACGUUGGUGGAAUCAUAUUGAUGAAGAUGGAAAGAGCCAUUGGGUGUUUGAAUCCAGGAAGACAUCCCCUCAAGAGAAUAAAACUGUUUCAGAGGCUGAAUCAAGAAUCUUCUGGUUAGGACUUAUUGCCUGUCCAGUGCUGUGGGUGGUUUUUGCCUUUAGUGCUCUCUUCUCCUUCAGAGUAAAGUGGUUGGCGGUGGUUAUCAUGGGUGUUGUGCUACAAGGUGCCAACCUGUAUGGUUACAUCAGGUGUAAAGUGGGCAGCAGGAAGAAUUUAACCAGUAUGGCUACCUCGUAUCUUGGAAAGCAGUUUUUAAGACAAAAUACUGGAGAUGAUCAGAAUUCCUAAAUAGAAAACUUAUAUGUUUUUAUCACAUUGGGAAACAACCUUUGAGAUUCUUGACUGAAUCUUUUAGAGCUCAGUCCUUGUUGCAAAGAGGAGUGUCGGUUUUUUUUUUCCCCACUUAAAAACUUUAUAAAGAGGAAAAGUCAUUAAGUUUUUGUUUUCUUUCUAGCAGGUGGGACUAGAGAGUAUGGUGUCACUAGAAACAUUCUCACAAUUUGUUUCAUGGUGUACACAUGUCCGCACAUGCUCAUGUGACACCAGUAUAGCCCACAUUAAUCAAAGUGUGUGUAUUCACUUACACACGUUCUAGAGACCUUUGCAUUUUUAUCCAUAGAACAUAGGAGGAUGUUUUUAGUUUAUCUUAAAGUGCUUUGUGUUUAUAUAUUAUUUCUUGUAGAUUAUUUUCAGAAGUAACUUUUGCUUCUAUGGUAAGAGUGAACACUUUGACCUUAUGUGUUGGAAAUAAUUGUUAUUUUAAAAUAUGUACUUCAUGGUGAAAUUUCUUAUACAUAAGCAGGCACGUGGAAAACCACUUUUGGGCCAGUGGUAUUAACUAGUUUCUGAAAUUUUGUUUAUUUUUCUUUGUAACAAGUAAUUUACUCAAGGCCCAAUUAAUAAAAAUGGAAUCCUAAUAGUUUAUGUUUAUGG